AUGCCCGAAAUGCAACAGAAUCGCGAUAACCGGGCUUCGCUGCUGGCCUCUGUCACCGCUGCGGCUACCAACCCAGAUCCGCACCAGCCUUCCUCACUUCCACCCUGGGUUCACAUAAACACAAGCAAUAGCACUAGAGACAUCCCAAACGCUUCAGUACUCCCGCUCGUAACCCCUGAGAACACGCACCAAACUCUUCACACGCACACGGGCAAAAGGGGACCGGGACGGAAAUGGGACUCGCUACGGACAGCAGAGCCCGCCCUUUUGUCGGCAGACAUCCACACUCACCAAGAACGAUGGCGCGACUUCAUGGAGUCUGGUCCAAAUGCCGUGGAACAACAACGCCAAGCACGAGUCGUGAGCCAAGCCUGGAUGGACGAGAAUAUGCCCUACCUGAACCCCGGCUGGAAGGAAGAGGACGAGUGGGUGGUGGACGGCUUACAUGGUGCGGGAGCCGGCGGGAAAGGUUUCAGCGGCCUUAUGUACGGCGGAAAGUGGCUCAUCAGUCCCGAGAGGCAGGAGAAGACGAUCCGAUUAUUCUGGCGGCUGCUACUCAAGAACCCCUUCGUACCACUCGCGUUUCGCCUUACAAUCUUGGCGUUUAGUGCGGCUGCGCUCGGGGUGGCGGCCACAAUAUACGUGUCCGUUUUGCGGGUUAACAACGAUAAUGACCCGAGCAAUCAGUGUGCGACGAGGGCGAGCACGUAUAUGGCUAUCUGUGUUGGCAGUGUGGCGAUUCCUUACUUGUGUUAUGUGACCUGGGAUGAGUAUAUGACUUUCGCCGCAUCAAAUAUCUCCCUCGCCUUCGACGCGCUGUUCGAUCAUCGCUGGGCCUGCUAUGACGAACAGUAUGCCAUCAUAGGAGAUAGCAUCAACUACAAGGUCCCGAGCACUUGUCCUAAUAACCCUGACAUCUGCAGGAGACAAGUCACGCUGGCCGCUAUCCUGCUUAUCUCUCUUUUGGCCUGGCUCAUCACGUUCAGUCUCUCCGUCAUGCGGGUAGUGGAGAAAUUGCGUCCGGAUUAG